AUUUAAACAAACAAACGCAAAGAAUAUUACUCCAAACAAAGAGCUUCCAUUCUCUGAAAAUCUUGAGCUUGUGCAACAAUGGCUGCUACCAUGAUGACAUCUCUCCCACAAUUCAAUGGACUCAAACCCAAAACUUUCUCAACUUCUCCAGUUCAGGGCUUGGUAUCAGUUCAACCAAUGAGGCGCAACAAUGGGCAAGGCGCUUUGGGAGCUCGCUGUGAUUUCAUUGGCUCGUCCACAAAUUUGAUAAUGGUGACUUCAACAAGCCUAAUGCUGUUUGCUGGUAGAUUUGGGUUGGCACCAUCAGCAAAUAGGAAGGCGACAGCUGGACUAAAGCUUGAGGUGAGGGACUCAGGUUUACAAACUGGUGACCCUGCUGGAUUUACACUUGCUGAUACUUUGGCUUGUGGCACUGUUGGUCACAUUAUUGGUGUUGGUGUUGUUCUUGGCCUUAAGAACAUUGGUGCUAUUUAAUUUAAAAUUGUAUCUCUGUUUAUAAACCAAAUCUUUUGUGAAUUAUUCAUAUUUCUAUCACCUUUCUAGCUUGAA